UCAAACAAGCUCACUUUAUAACACAACAUCUGACGACCAAUACCAAUUUAGUAAAUUCUAGUAGGACAUCAUGGAGAUCAUUGACACACACAUACAUUUGUGGACUCCUGAAACUCACCCGUUGGUCUCGAACUUCAAAAUAUUUAAAUCUUUCCUUACUUACCUGACGGACGACUACAAAAAAGACACAGAGGGUCACAAUGUGGUGCAGUGUGUGCAUGUGCAGGCAGCAUGGCUGGGGGACCCUGUUGAGGAAACCGUCUGGCUGAAUGGGCUAGCAGACAGUACUGGGACACCAAAUGCUAUUGUGGGCUACUGUGACCUGUCUUCCCCCGAUGCUGAAGACAUUCUCAAGCGACACAGUGAGCACAAGAGAAUGAGAGGAAUUAGACAAAAUUUAAUGCUGUUAAACUUGCACAAAACACACCCGUAUAAUGCCGUGCCUCACGAUGACUACCUCACUGACCCAAACUGGAUCAGAGGAUUCGCUCUCCUUGAGAAAUACAACCUCUCUUUUGACCUCCACAUACUACCUGGCCAAAUGAAGAGGGCUGCGGCAGUGGUUAGGGAUUACCCUGGAGUGAUGGUGAUAGUGAAUCAUUGUGGGGUCCCGUAUGAGAAAACCCCUGAGUCAAUGAGAGUUUGGAGGGAAGGUUUGCAAGAGUUGUCUAAGUGUUCUAAUGUGUAUGCUAAAGUGUCUGGGAUGUUUUUUACUGACUCGAAAUGGAACCAGCAGUCAAUAGAAGAUGUGGUGAAGCCAGUAUUAGAGAUAUUUGGAAUUGACAGAUGUGUGUUUGCUAGCAACUUUCCAGUUGACAAAAUAAAUGGGACCUUUCAGCAGCUGCUCAGUGCUCUGGAGCCUAUCCUCAGUGUCUACUCAAAAGAAGAUCAACAAAAGUUCUACGCUGGGAAUGCAAGAAAGUUUUAUAGAUUAUAAUACAACUGUGUAGGGUAAACACCUAAGUAAUUAGAAGAAAACUGUAUGCACGGCAUUGAUCUCAGGAAAGGUUAGAUAAGCUUUACCAUGCAAGAUGAUGAUAACAUUAACUAUCUAUAGGCUGAAUGAAAGAAUUAAUUAUAUAAAAUGUCUUCAAUUAUUGGCUGGGGGUUUUAAUUAUUGUCUCUGGUGAUGA